AUGAAGAUUCCUCAAAAGUCCAAAUUGCCAGAUUUCGAGAAAUAUAAGGGAAACUCUUGUCCUUUGAGUCACUUGGUAAUGUAUGCUCGCAAGAUAUUGACUCAAAUUGAUAACCAUCAACUGUUGAUUCAUUACUUUCAAGAUAAUUUUACUGGUGAUACUUUGAAGUGGUACAUGGGACUUGAUAGCACCCAGAUUUGUACUUUAAACGAUCUAGGUGAAGCUUUUGUUCGUCAGUACAAGUAUAAUAUUGACAUGACGUCGGACCGAGAUCAACUUCGUACUAUGUUCCAAAAGGAUAAGGAAACUUUCAAAGAGUAUACACAAAGAUGUCGCGAGAUUGUUGCGCAAGUCAAUCCUCUAUUAGAAGAGAAAGAGAUGAAAAAGUUGUUUUUGAAGACUUUGAGUCCAUUUUACUAUGACAGAAGGGUUGUAAGUGCUCCUAGUGAUUUUACCGAGAUGGUCAACAUGGGGAUGAGACUAGAAGAGGGCGUCCAUGAAGGACGAUUGAAAAAGAGUGGUUCGUCUAACAAUUCUAGGAUAUAUAGAAAUGGUUUGUCCAAAAAGAAGGAACAUGAUACUAAUGCUAUUUUGCAAGAGAAGCGUAUGAGAUCUCUGAGAAGCAAUCGACGUCAUCAGCAUAUGGUGUCUGUUACCCCGAUUAUUAAUCCUUCUCUAGUUGUUCAAGUAGCACCAAAUUAUCAACCACAUUUUUAA